AAUAGAAUGUGUAUAAACUUCGGAAAGUCGAACAUAAGUCACGUGUGAUCUCGGAGGUAAUUAGGCGCUCGGCGCGCAUGUCAUGCAAAGUCGACUCCCUUGUUCUCAACCGCCACCUGCCUCGGCGCUGUCUGGCGCGACGCUCCUGCGUACUUCAUGUCGUCUUCAAUGGAACUCACACUCGUUAAUUUAUCCAAUGAUGGCAUCCUGUGCGGUCGGCGCACCUCCAAUGCGAAUGUUCAGGUCUCGGUGGCGUUGCAGCCCUCCGAAGCGACGUCGACGCGCAUUCCGAGCCAUUGCUCCGAGGAUGGCAUCACGCUUGCUCUCCUCGCACUAGGGGAGAAGGCGCAGAAGUGGACCAUAGAACAUGAGCAUCUUGUCACUCGCGCCUCGACCAUCGCAAUGCCUUCCUGGAGAAGCAUCGACGUCUCGGAGGAUUGUCCAUGGCGGGUUUACUGCCGCAAGAUUCGCCGCCACCAUCGCAUACUUUACCUUUUCCCCCGCCGAAGUACAGCGGGGUUUCUUUCGGAUAUGCACGACGGGUGCCCUUUAUCUUCUCUUCUCUUGCCUGGAACCCAUGAUAGCAUGGCCUUCUAUGGCUGGCCUGUCGCACAGUGCCAAUCGAUCGAUACUCCCCUCUCAGUUCAGCUCGAAUCCGGCAUUCGUGUGCUCGACAUCCGCCUUGCCCUCGUAAAGGACCGCCUCAUCGCCUACCAUGGCAUAACUCCGCAACGCACUCCCUUCCAUGACAUCCUUACGACCAUGCACGCCUUCCUCACUGCCCCUGCUUCUUGUCGCGAGACGCUCGUCGUCUCCAUCAAGCAGGAAGACUUCGCGACCACGCCGGCACCCAAGUUCUCCGCUGCCGUGCACGCCGAGAUGUUCAGCGGGCCCGGCGGCAAGGAGAUGUGGUACCUCGAGAACCGCAUACCGCGGCUAGGCGAAGUGCGAGGGAAGGCGGUGCUUUUCAGCCGCUUUGGUGAGAAUGGCGACGGUUGGGAUGGUGGGCUUGAAGUGCUUGGGAUCCACCCCACGACGUGGCCGGACAGCGCGAGAGACGGGUUCUCGUGCGGACGCAUGACUGGUAUCCCAUUCCCUCCUUCCGAGAAGGUCGUCCGCGCGGCGGAGAACCUGCUACCACCCGACGAGCCCGCGCCGAUGCCGAUACUCAAUGUCCCCUUCUUCCCGCUCGCCGCGCCGCCUACUCUCGCGCAGGGCUUCGGCUGGCCAAAGUACGGGCUCGGCGUUGAGGGAGGGCGGCAAGAAGGGGCAGGGCGUGGCGGGCCGAGGGGGAGAAGGGGGGAGGGGAGAAGGGGGAGGGAAGAAGGAGGGUGAAGCGCGCGAAGAAGGGGGAGGGGAGGAGU